AGAAUGUUCGACGUCAUUAAGCAAAUGACCGGAUCGCUGCGCUUGUCCAUAUCCGGACGUGAGGGCAGGGCGGACCGCACUGGCCUCCAGGUGGAUGUGUUGAAAGUCAUCUCGGUUUGAAGUUGUCACCAUGUCGCACCCGAGGUCGCUUUUAAUCACUCAGAGUUCCUUCGCCUUAUUUUCAACGUGUGCGAGCGCGGCCUCCGAACGUCGCUGCGGAGUGAGCGCUCUCGGCGUCGGCGCGGAGGCGAUCUCGGGUACGCGUCACGCUGCUGCGGUCGCGGGCGAACACAACAUGUCUGCGGGCUCAGGCGGCCCAGCGCCGGGACCCGGCGGCUCCCCCGGGGGCUCCAACCCCCGCAAGUUCAGCGAGAAGAUCGCCUUGCACACGCAGCGGCAGGCCGAGGAGACGGCCGCCUUCCACGAGGUCAUGAUGGACAUCACGUCGACGAGGCUGCAGGCGCAGAAGCUGCGGCUGGCCCGCGCUCAGGGUCCGUACUACGGCGGCUCGCUGCCCAACGUCAACCAGAUCGGCCGCGGCCCUCAGGACCCGCAGGGCUCCUUCCCGCCGUCGCCGCUGGAGUCGGCCCGCUCCACGCGCCAUCACGGCCUGGUGGAGCGCGUCCACAGGGAACGCCGCUUCAUGUCGCCCGUCAGGCCCUACCGCAACCGACAAGUGGACAACUCUCCUUAUAACUCCGCCUACUUGUCCCCGCCCCCGGACCCCAGCUGGAGAAGGAAUUGGUCCGGAAUCUUCCCGGGGGACAAAAGCCACUUGUUACGUCUCCCAACCACUGCGCUCAACAGGACCAACUCCGACUCGGCCCUCCACACCAGCGCGAUGAACCCGCCGCUGUCGGGCGACCCUUUCGCCGCGGGUGGCCACACCCUCAGGCUGCACGGCGGAAGACGCAACGUCUUUCCGUACCCCGUCCCGCCCAUCGAGGAAAACGUGCUGGACGACGCCAAGCUCCUGCCCAACAAAGCUUGGGACGCUAAGAAGUUUCCUAUGAUGACCUCCAGACCAAAGUCAUGUGAAGUUCCUGGCAUCAACGUGUUCGUGUCGCCCGAGCAACCGUCCGGCCCCGCCCACGGCGUCCCGUCGGCUCUCAACAUCAGCGGUUCUCUCCCGGACCUGUCCAGCCUUCACUUCCCGUCACCUCUGCCCACGCCGCUGGACCAUGAUGAGCCGGCCUACCCCGGCGGCAGCGCGGGCAACCUGGCGUCCACGCUCACCCAGUUGGGCAUCGACACCGGCGACGUCGAGGGAGGCGACGGCUUCUUCCGCCAUCACCAACAGCCCGGUGGGCCGGGCUCGCUGGGGAGCGGGCUCGCUAACCCGUCCCUGCAGUCGUCGCUGAGCAACCCCAACAUCCAGGCGUCGCUCAGCAGCCGCUCGUUCAGCGGCUCCCUAAGCUCCGCCUCCUUGCACUCAUCGCUCAGCAAUCCGUCGCUGGGCUCCUCCCCCUCCCUGCCCUCCUCCCUCAGCAGCCAAUCGCUGCACUCGUCCCUAAGCAGCUCCUCCCUCCAGUCGGCCCCCGGCGGUGCCAACCCCGCCUACUGCUGCGGCGGCUCCGCCUCCUACACGCCCGCUCUCAGCACGUCGCCGCGGAGACGGGCGCAACCCUCGCCGCUUGUCCUGCCAGGCGCGGGGGGGGACGCCCGGCGGCAUCACUCCAAGCAGUUCUCGCCCACCCUCUCGCCCACGCUGUCCUCCAUCACGCAGGGCGUGCCCCUGGACACGAGUAGGCUGCCCGUGGACCACCGCUUACCCCCGUACCCGCUGGGCCAGCAGCACCAGGGCGCCGCUCAGCCCGCCCACCAGCAGCAGGCCGCCCAGCUGAGUCAGCAUCAAGCGCAGAUGGUCCGGCUCCAGCAGACGGCGUCGCAGAACCUGCUCAACGCGCAGCACUUUGGAACGCAGCGUGCGUGCAGCUCGCAGGUCAGCACGCCGCUGGCGAAGAACAACAGCGCGGCUUUGGAGCCGUUCCUCCACGGCUCCUUGACCUCCCAGUGUCAGCUCGUGCAGGAGGCGGAGCAACACAGGAGCGGGAACCUCCCCCAACUGCACUUGACCUCCGACCCAUACAACGAUGCCUUGCUCAACUCCCUGCUGGACGACUCGUACAUAAACAUGCAGCUCGGCGGCAGGGCCGGCCAGCAGUUCCCCGGCGACAGCCCGAGUGACGUCGUGAGCCGCGGCGUGCUGAGCGGCGGCCACGUUGACACGCAGGCGGCGCAGCAGUCCUUGGAGCGGGCCGCACUCAACAACCAGAACCACAAGCAGAACCAGAACAACUGCGGUGGCGGCGCUCGCCAGAACGUCCCCAACAUCAUCCUGACCGGCGACUCCCCGCCGGGUUUGUCCAAAGAGAUCGCCAGCGCCCUGUCGCACGUGCCGGGUUUCGAGAUGGACCCGUUCUGUCUGGACGACCCGCUGAGAAUGGACGCGCUGGCGCUGGACAUGCUGGAGGGAGACCUGAUGCUGGCAGACCCCGCCGUAGAGGACUCCUUCCGCUCGGACAGACUCAAGUGAGCCCCGCCCGACGCGGGCCGGCGGACGCGCCGCGCGGGCCGCGGCGUCCGGAGCAACAUUCGCCGGCUUCCCAGCCGCCGCCGUUACGGUCGCAAAGGGGUGCAACCGGUAAAUGUCCGUGGGAAUCUUGGGAUUUUGGAAUCAUUUCAAAUUGGACACUUUCCUUUGGAAUUUAUUGGGAAUUGGGGGUAUUUUAAUUUGAUAUUCCAUCGAGCAUAUAGUGAAAUUCGCGACCCCGCACCCAAACUCUCUUCCCUCUACCGUCAUUUCAUAGAGAUCAUUCAAGCAUGAAUGUAAACAGUUUGUUUUGUCACAAGCAGAUAUCUGCAAAGUAGCUAGCCCUCCUUGCCCACGUGCCAGGGCAUCAGUACCAUUUAACUCCAUGACCGCCAGAUGUUUUCAAAGCAGCUGCCCAUAUUGCCAGCCGUUCUCGAGCAUUUCCACCGAAAGAAAGCGUCGACUCAUCAGAAAAAAAAAAAGAUUGUUUCUAGCUUUUUCUGUUCUUUACUAAGCAACAGAAGACAACUUCACAGGUCGGUGUUUCUCUGUCACAGUCUCAGUGGCGAGACUCCGCCCCUUCUCGGCUCUGCUCACCACGCAGACCGCAACCCGCGCUCCGGCGCUCCGGUUUCAGGAACACAUUUGCUCCCAAAGUCGUCUUUCAGCGAACCGCGACAAAGAAUAACGCGCCUCACUCAUCCCGACAUCAUCCUUGAACUAGUGAGGCAAUUUGAAAACGACAUUUGUUUUGCAGAUAUUCAAGUAAGAAUCGCGACGUUGACAGACUCAGCGCGAGGCUCCACUAGAACGCGGUUGGCGUUCGUCGUUCGGCACGGCCUCGCGCGCUCUCUUUCUCGCUAAUGCCCUUUUGUCUCGCUCGUAAUCGCCGGCUGACCUUUCUCUUGGAAAGCGACGUCGUCUACGGGCUUCUGUUGGUCAUUGCGGCCGAGACGCCUCUGGCGGUCAGUGAGUUGAGAGGCGAGCUUCAAGUCAAUCAAUGAUUUCCAUCGAGUGCCGCGAAUGAAUUCCCAGGCAAAGUUUCGCGCUUUGAGGAUCUGGUGAUUUGGCGCCGAUGCCCUUUUGACAGGAAGUCAGCCACGAAGGUUUCCAGGCGACGACAGGAAGUCGUCCAACCCUCAACCCGCGGAAGGUCCGGCCUUCAAAUCCGACCCGACGUCUGUGCACUAGUGCGCUUUGUAAGACAAUCCAGCCAAGCUAGUACAACGACUAGGAGACCCUGCUAGACUAGUAUGAGUGUGUUUUUUCCCACCACUAGAGCCACAAAUACACAGUGGCUCUACUAGUGCUGAAUUGUAAUGAUAAUAAGGGCUUAGGGCUUCUCUGGUGCUUUUUAAGGCACUCAAAGACGCUUUCCACUUGCUUUGACUCCACAUCGCCGCCUGGUGGUGCUAAGGUACUCGCGUCACCGCCGUCUGACGGACCAGGAAGGACAAAGCGCCUACUAGUACAUCUACCUGAAACUAGAGAUAAAGCAUAUUGAAUGCAUUUAUUCAAUAUCCCCUUAAGGCCUGUGUACUACUACACUCUUUGUCUAGUAAUGUUUUUCAACGACUAGAGCUACUAAGAUACAGUUCUACUAGUGCACUAAAUUGUCUAAAUAAUGAGGACAAGGACCAUACUCCUAGUACAUGGGCCUGAAACUAGAUAUUUCAAUAUCAAGGAUAUCAAAUACAUUUAUAUGAUAUCCAGCUUCGGGUACUCGUAUCCUCUUUGUCCUCACUAGUAAGACAAUUUCAGUGCACUAGAAGAACAACUGUUGGUAAUAUGAUUCACUUGACGUGUAUUACCAAUAAGGAGAAAGUCUACUAGUACAUGGACCGUAAGAUGGAUAUCAACGAUAUCGAAUAAAUGCUCAGGCAGGUUGCUUAAGCGCACUAGUAUAGGACAACUUUGACAAUCUACUACAACAACGAUGUUACUAGUGAGGCCAAACUAGUAGGAAGGGAACCCUUUUCAAAUCGUCUAAAAUUGGCAAAUUAUUUUGCCGAUUUGUUUGUUUGUUUUUGUUUUUUUUACACAUGAACCCAUUUCGACAUACGACAAAGAUAAUUGACAUUCAAACAUUUUUCGCUCACGUUCAGCAGUUAUAUACUGUGUAUUUUAUAUCUUUUUUCAAUUCAGUUUGGUCGAUUAAUCAGGAAAAUAUUGGAAUCAGCCUCACAAAACCUCGGCUCCUAACUAGUAGGGUUACUAGUGCAGCACAGUAGUUUACUCCUGAGGUUUUAUUAUAUACGAGUAAGUCACGAGUAGUAGUAGUAAUGGAAAAAACAAUACAAGUGCGUUGAAUUGUCCUUGCUCGUGAGCGCACUGGUACAUGGAGCUGAAGCUGAACUAGAUGCUGGGCGGGCUUUGUCUACUUCCCGCUUUGCUAUGCAACCCGGGGCGGGAUGGAACCCGCAACCUUUUCUUUUUGCCUGCUGAUAACGCGGUUAGUCACCGUUUGCCCCGCCCCUUUUCCAACCAUCAUGACACAUUCCAAUCGGCAGCGGUUGGAAGGCCCAAAAACGAGCUCGUCGGUCAGCAAAAGUGACGACUGGGAAAAAUCGUGCGAUCGGCCGCUUGGCCGGAGACUCGUCCGGGGCGUAAGUCGGCCCCGGAGAGGCGCCGGAGCCAAAAUAGCCGAACGGAGUUGUUUCGAGCUAUCGCGUACUCGCGAAGGCUGCCGUCGAUACUUAAGGCGGAAAAAUGUGGCGUCCAAUAAAUCCUCCUCAUUUUGUUCAUUGAAUUUUGACGUGUCCAAAGUACGUGCGGUCGGUAUCGGCGAGUACUCGAGCGAAUGCUCCUACCGAUAUCGAACAACCCUCGACGAUUGGGCGCUGAUCAAGUCACUUUUGAAUCCACCAAUGAGCGAGCGAAAUUGUUCAGGAAGCUCCUCCCCCUCUGAAUGUACGCGUGCUGGCCUUCGCCGAGUCACUUCCUGUUCGUCACGCGCGAAGAAUUGAAAAGAACAAACGUUAGCAAGACGUUGAGUGAUGUUAUGGAUGACGGCUUACUUUGUGUGUUUCGCCAGGUUUUUGGUUCCUUUUGUCUCUGAGAUUAAAAAAAACAAAAAAGGUUUUCCCAGCUGAGGGAGCGGUCGCAGUUGGUCCCGUCGGGGGCGACUUCCUUUUUGGACAGGAAGUUUUCACCCGCUUCCGCGUUUGAGCUGGAGCAAUUCCAAAAGGUCAAAGUCAGCCUCGCUGACAACCGAAUCACCUUCAAGUCCUCCGAGUUGAUUUUAGCCAACCAAACGUACGCGCCUGCGUGUCCUUGCACGUUAGCUUUAUGCAAUCAAUCACGCAGUCACAAUGCAGUUGCACACUCUGCCAGUGGGGGAGCUGUUGAGGGAUAAGAUAAAGGCCAUAUUUCCUAAUUCUUUCUAACUCCCCCACCAUGAGCUAAAGGCCAUAUUUCCUAUUUUGUCACAUUUUUGCAAAGGUUUGCUCGAAUGUUCUUGAUGCUGUUGGGCUCCUGCUUUUAGGCUGAACUGUGUGCGUGUGCACGCACGUGUGUUGUAAUAAUUGUAAUAAUUUGUAAUAAGCAGGGACGUGUUUGUACAUAUGAAUGUUUGCAAAGCAGCUAACAGAGAUUUAUAAACUGUUACUUCAUUCUUUUUUUUGCAGAAAAUAAACCUUAUGUGAACUC